CUUCACAAAGAUAGCAUUCAUUUAAUUUCCAGAAAGAAAUGGCGGAAGGAGUUCUUUUUGACGUUACUAAGGGAAUCAUCGAGAAAGCUUGCAACCUUGCAAUCCAAGAGAUUGGACUACUACGGAGUCUCAAAGACGAGAUCGAAAAGCUCAAUGACACAGUUUCGACAAUCAGUGAUGUGCUUCUGGAUGCUGAGGAGCAGCAACAGCACAACAAUCAAGUCAAAGUGUGGCUGAACAGGCUGAAGGAUGCUAUUUAUGAUGCAGACAACUUGCUGGAUGACAUCUCCACUGAAGCUUUACGACGGGAGGUAAUGACACAGCAUAAGAAGGCAAAAGAGGUACGCAUUUUCUUUUCCAAAUCAAACCAUCUUGCAUAUGGUUUUAAAAUGGGUCGUAAGGUUAAGGCAAUGAGGGAUAGGCUAGAUGCCAUCGCAAAGGAUAGGGGGUUUCACUUAGAUGAACGUCAUGUAGAGACACAAGUGGUUGGUUAUGGGAUGAGAGAAACUUAUUCUUUUGUACGUGAUGAAGAAGUCAUUGGGAGAGACUACGAUAAGGAUAAGAUUAUAAAAAUUCUUUUGAAUUCCAAUGUUGAAGAGAGUGUUUUGAUCCUUCCGAUAGUUGGACUUGGAGGACUAGGAAAGACCACAUUAGCUCAACUCAUAUUCAAUGAUGAAAAAAUCCAAAAUCAUUUUGAGCAAAGGUUUUGGGUGUGUGUCUCUAAUGACUUUGAAGUAGAAGUAAUUGUUAUGAAAAUUUUAGAGUGCACAAAAAAUAAGAAACCAGAAAACCUUGAAAUAAACACAAUGAUUAAUGAUUUUAAGAAACAAAUUGAGGGAAAGAGAUACCUACUUGUGUUGGAUGAUGUAUGGAAUGAGGAUCCUCAAAAAUGGCAAAGCCUAAAAGAUCUUUUAAAGGGUGGAGCAAGAGGUAGUAGAAUAUUAGUGACUACCCAUGACAUUAAUAUAUUGGCAAAGAUUACCCAAACGGUUCAACCAUACAUGUUAAAGGGUCUAGAUGAUGAAAAGUCUUGGUCUUUAUUUAAGCGGUUCGCAUCUGCAAAAGGGCAAGACUUAGAAAAUUCAAACAUCAAGGCAAUUGGAAUGGAAAUUGUUGCGAAGUGUAAAGGAGUCCCUCUUGCCAUAAGGACUUUAGGAAGCGUAUUGUACUUUAAAAACCCAGAAAAAGAAUGGUUGUCUUUUAAGGACAAUGAACUUUCAAAAGUAGCUCAAAAAGAAAAUGAUAUCUUACCAAUACUUAAGUUGAGUUAUGAUCAUCUUCCAUCAUAUUUGAAGCAAUGUUUUGCAUUUUGUUGUUUGUUUCCAAAAAAUUAUAAAAUUCAUAAACCAACAUUGAUUAAAAUGUGGAUGGCGCAAGGAUUUAUUAGAUCUUCAAGUCAAAACCAAUGCCUAGAAGAUAUUGGUCAUGACUAUUUUAUGGAAUUACUUUGGAGAUCAUUCUUUCAAGAAGACGAGCGGGGAGAUAUAUUAAAAAUCAAAGUACAUGACCUUAUGCACGAUCUUGCGAAAUUAGUAGUAGCAUCUGAUACUACCACUUUUUAUUCAAAAGAUGAAGACAUUCAUGAGAAAACUCUUCAUGUGUCAUUUGAUCGAACGUUUCUCUCAUUAUUGGGAAUUCCAGUCUCAUUGUAUAAAGCAUGUGGGAUAAGAACAUUUCAUUUGCCAAGUCAAUUACAAGAUCCACAAAUAGGAUUGGAUAAGACAACUUAUAAUUCAAUUAUUUUUAGUUUUAAGUUCAUACGCUUGUUGGAUCUACAUGGUAUGGGUAUUGAAACAAUUCCAAAUUCUAUUGGAAAGUUGAAUCAUUUAAGGUAUCUCGAUCUAUCUCAUAAUCACAUAAGGAUGCUUCCUAAUUCCAUCACAAGAUUGCAUAAUUUGCAAACACUGAGACUAAGUAGAUGUCCAAUAAAAGAAUUGCCUAAAGAUAUUAACAAAUUAGUCAACCUCAGAUAUCUUGAGAUCAAUGGUUGUCCGUUGACCUAUAUGCCACAUGGAUUGAGGCAGUUGACUAAGCUUCGGACAUUGUCACAAUUUGUGAUAGGCAAGAAUAGCUAUUUAGCUUUCAAGCAUAACAGUGGAUUGAAAGAACUCUACGGGCUGAAUGAGCUAAGAGAAACGCUAGAGAUUAGAGGAUUGAGACACGGGAAAGAUGCUACAUCAGAAUCUAAGGGUGCAAAUAUGAAAGAGAAACAACAUCUUCAAGGGUUGAAAUUAUGGUGGCAAAAAGAAGAUGUGGAUGAUUCCGACGUUGGGUAUGAUGAAGAGUCACUUGAAGCCUUGCACCCACAUGGCCCAUCUUCAAAUCUUCAACAAUUGCAUUUAAUUAGAUACAUGGGAGUGAAAUUUCCAAGUGGGAUUUCCUUGCUUUCAACUCUUGUAAACUUUUCCUUAUCUAAUUGCAAUAACUUGCAAUAUUUGCCACCAUUGGAUCAAUUUCAUUCUCUCAAAGGUCUCUCUCUUGAAUUCUUGAAUGAUUUAGAGUACAUAUCAGAGAGAGAUUACAAUAGGGACUUAUCUGAUUCUUUAAUCCUCCCAUCUCUAGAGAAACUCCAAAUUCAUAAUUGCCCUAAUUUAAAAGGAUGGUGGCAACAACAGAGGGAUUCUAUUGAGAAGGUCAAUAAUCAUUCACUUCCUUCAUUUCCUCGUCUUUCCAACUUAUAUAUCUCGGUAUGCCUUAAGCUAACAUCCAUGCCUCUCUUUCCAUAUCUUGAAAAGCUAAAACUGGGUAUAUGUAGCUUGAAGCCAUUGGAGCAAACAAUUUCAAUGGAGGUGAUAAACAUGACAACCUCAAGAAAUCUAAUAUCAACCUUUUCUUCUUCUACCCUUGCCACUUCCUCGUUCAUCCCUCUCUCCAAAUUAAAGUCUAUGUCAAUUGAGUAUAUGGUAGGAACCCUACCCAAGGAGUUUAUGUGCAACCUCAUUUCUCUCCAAAGUUUAACGAUAAAAUAUUGUUGUGGUCCUCUCCCUCUCUCUCGACAUCUCACUGCCCUUCAGAAUUUGAGAAUUAUUGGUCAUAAAGAGUUUGAUUUAACAAACGAUGAAGAUGAGAUGGAAUGGCAUGGUCUUCAGAGCCUUCGCCACCUAAUGUUCAACCAUCUUCCAAAUUUGGCCACUCUACCGAUGGGGAUUCAACAUCUCACCGCUUUGCAAACGCUUGAGAUUUACUAUUGUCAAAGUUUGAUGGCUAUACCGGAGUGGAUCUGUAACCUCACCUCUUUGCAGACACUAAAAAUUCUAAGUUGUCCCAUCUUAUUGGAAAGAUGCAAAAGGAGAGCGGGUAAAGAUUGGAGUAAGAUUGCUCACAUCCCAUACUUGUAUAUAUAGUCAGAUGAAGAACCUACUCCUAGGAUUUGGAGCUUAGUAAAACCGUUUGGGUGCUGUAAUUGGUCAACAAGUCAACAAACUCAGUGAGUAAAAUUGGGCACAAAGUGAUAUCGGGGUAAUAUUGUGGGAAGAAUUAAAUUUGGCAGCCAUUUUGCAAGAACUAGCUAGUCAUGCAGGAGCCCUAUCGUUCAGUUAGGGGAUUUAGCACAUGUCUGGAAGCUUCAUUCUAUAUAUAUAUAUAUAUAUAUAUAUAUAAACGAUUUUCUGGAAUUGGCCUGCAAGGCGAAAGUGAGGCCUUGUCUGAACCAAGCUAUAAAUGAGAAAGAUCAAUGCUCUUUUAAACGUGCACUUCCUCUUCUCUUGAAUGAUGGUGAGCACUCUUUCGCUCUCUCAUUUGUUGUUUGUGGAGAUUUUCUUUUUGGGUUGAUGUAAUUUUUAUUUAUUUUUGAGGUGGGUAUGUCACUUUUAGUGAGGAUUGCCUUAAGAUUGUAGAUACUGGGAAUUCAUCUGUGUCCCAUCUUAGCACAAAGAUGCAAAAGAAGUGCGUGAGAAUUUCCAUAAGAUUUUGUUACAUCCUAGAGUUGGUUGGAAGUGAAUCCAUUUCAGAGCAGGAAAAGCUAGCCAAAUUUAGUCUUUAACGAUGAGGAUGAAGAUGGCAAUGACGUGCUCGAGCUCAAAGAAAAACUCGGUGCCUGUAACCUUGACUCAUGUCCUGAUCAAUCAGCUGAUUGAAAUGCCUAAACUACCAACCAAAAAGAAAGAACCUAGCAAUUAAAAGGGCUGCUGCUGCUGCACAGAAGAAGUCCUUGGCAGCUGUUUUGGAGAUAUCUGAUGAUGAUGAAGACUUUGAGCUCGAAGUUGUUGCUGUGCUCCAGAAACUGGGAAAAAGUGAGAAAGAUGAGGGCAUCUCCAUUCAACAAGAAAAGUGGUUCGGUGUUGGGCAGGGUUGGUGAGGAAAAUAAGGCAACUGAAGAUGAAGAAAAUUCGGGUUCUGCUUUUAUUUCUGCCAGUAAUUUAGAAACUAUUGAAGUUGCACCAGCAAGAGCAAGACCUCAAAGGGUGAACCGCAGGCAGACAAGGUAUGUGUUGAGUGACUCUGAAAGUGAACAUGCCACUGAGGAUUCCGACUUUGAUGAAGAAGAGGGUCUAAAGUAGUUGUUCUGUUGAGAAGCUGACUGAAAAACUCUCAUGGAAAACCCUUUUCGCUCCAUUAACAUGAAUUUAAUUAGUCAAUUUAUUAGUGAACAAGAGAGGAAAUCAGCAACAUUAAAAUUACCUUCUGGGGGGCAACAAAAAGAGGAUCCUAUCAACUUGUUUCGAAAUGGGAACCAAAUCUCUUUCCCCUUGUAAUGUACUCCUUGACUCUUGGUUUGUAAUUUGGAUAAUCUGCUGAACUGCAUUCCCUGGCAAUGAUCUUUGUCUAUUGUGAUUUGUUAUGGGCAAGGAUUUUCUUUCACCUUGCAAUUCAACAAUUACAUCUCACUAAUAUCAUAGAAGUUAGAAUGCCAAAAAAUAAGUGUAAUUGGUUCAUAAGAAUUAGACGAUUAGCUUGCAUGUUAGAGGAGGGCGAAGUGCACAAACUGUAUCAAAUAAUAUGUCUCACU